AUGCCGGCCACCUCCACUUUAGCAAUUGGGGCUGCUAUCAAGGACACCAACCAAUUUGGUGACAGCAAUGUAGACAGGAACGGUCGUAGGCAAAGGGGAGAAGAUGCCUCAACACUGCACGGCCAGUCUGUCGUCGGCGCCCAGACUGAUAUUGAAGCGGCGAUUCGUACAAUUCUCUCGCACAUUGGCGAGGACCCAGAUCGCGAGGGUCUGCAAAAGACGCCCGCACGAUACGCCAAAGCCCUUCUCCAUCUUACCAAAGGGUACACCGAGAGGGUCCAAGACGUGGUCAAUGACGCCAUCUUCACUGUCGACAACAAGGAUUUCGUCAUUGUACGCGAUAUCGAUAUUUCUAACUACAAAUCCAAGAACGGCUCACUAGUCAAGUUGCCACAGCAAUAG